AUGGCGGCGGCACCCGUCUUCGUCGAGCCGGCCAGGCCAGAAGACGCUCCCGCCAUUGCCGAAAUUUUCCUCAAGUCUUUCAACGGUGACUUCUUCCAGACCAUGUUUCCCCAGAACGAAUACGGCCGGGCUUACGUGACCGACGCCUACAAGCAGUUCAUGUUCUCCAAGGAGCACGGUUCCCAAGAGGGCCAGGUUUCUGUUGUCAGAAACGAGAAAGGAGAGCCUGUGGCCACCACCCUUAUCUGGAUUAUCCGCCCCGAAGACAACGGAACCUGGUCGUGGCGCAAACGAUGGCCGUCCGCCAAUGCAGGGCAAAAAGAUGAGCUACUUGACGAGUUCUUCUCCGACAUGGCGUCUCAACACAACCGCGUCAUGGGCAAGAACCCUCAUGUUUACUUUGAACUGAUAUUCACCGAUCCGGCAUACCUUCGAAGAGGCUAUGCUAAAGCUCUCCUUCAAAGAGGGACCGAGAUCGCAGAUGAGAUGGGCUACCCAAUGUAUCUCGACGCUGAGGCAUACAUUGUUGACCUCUACUCCCGAGCGGGCUUCGCGAUUAUGACUAAUGCAGGCCAGUCGUCACACAUGAUUCCCAUGAUGAGGCCAGCCAAGGAUUAA